UUCCUUUCUCUAUUUCUGUCUCACAUUUUCUCUAUCGUUUCGCUUGCUUGUAUACGUUGGUGUGCACGCUCUUAGUUUUUGCUAUUUUUUUUUGAAAAACAUCGUCCCACACGACAAAAAUAUGGCAGAUAAGACAACUCAACAAAAAGAAGUCCAAUCCACCGUCGAAGAAGUUGACAAAUCCAAAACCGAGGAACCAACUACUGAAGAGGAUUCCAAAUCGGAAAAUGGAAAAGUUGCUGAAAACGGAGAGGAAGCGGAAAAAGAAAAUGGGAUAGAAGAAGCUGAGGAGAAAACUAUUGCUGCCGCUGACGAUACAGAUAAAGUGUGCUCAGUGAAGAGGAAAUCAACAGGUGGAGAUGCUACCAGCGAAACUCCAGCCGAAGGUGCAACUCCCGAGAAAAAAGCCAAGUUGGCUGAAACCACCGAAGCGGAAUCGAAUGGCGAAGCCGAAGUGGCAGCCUAAAUAACACAGAAAAUAUUUUUAGUAUUAAGUUAUGUUUUAUUUCCGUACUUGUGUAAUGCUAGGGUUUGCAAAUUGGUGUACACUAGUCGCCCUAACAUUAUACAUAUUUAGUAUUUGUAUUACAUGACACCACGAUUUUUUAGAAAAUUGCAUUUAUUUUUAGUUUCAUUUUGGCAUCGUUACUAACACAUUCCCACUAAUAUGGAAAGUUCGAUGUUACGAUGUUCUAAUGUUGUGGGUGCCAAUUUAAGGUGCAUUUGUGUACUUAAACAUUCAUUUUUUACAUAAUCAACGUUAGUUUUCAGUCUAAAUAAUAAUUACUAUUGUCCUGUGUUGUGAAUUUAAUGUAAGAUAUUAUGGCACAUGUUGAGUGUGUUAGAAGAUUUAAGAAUUUUGUUAUUGUAAAAUGUGGUGAAUCUCUAGGAGCCAGCUCUGCCAUUACCUCACUAACACUGGUUUCUAAAAGAAUAUGUGUUCAUAUCAAACAUAGCUUAUUUUGUACUGCUUUCAUUUUUGUAUUCGUCUCAAACAUAGAUUACACACGUUGUAAAUUCGGCAACUAACAGUAUUCUAUAAAGGGUUCUCCAAACAUUGGAGUUUUGCUGCUAUGGUACAAACUGAUUGUAUUUAAUUAGUGGUAUGGUAAUAAAGAGUUAGUUUCCGGUAA